GCGAAAGGACAAAGACAGCAAGGAGACAAAGGAGUCGAAGGACAAAGAUCAAAACAAAGAGAAAUCCAAGGAAUCCAAGGAGAAGGACGAGAAAGAGAAAGAGCGCCAAAAGGAGCGACGGCAAGACUUGACUUUGGUCAGUUGCUUCAAUAUUGCGCCCCCCCGGCUAUGA